AUGGGUGCUUCUAUUUGGCUAUGUCCUCCAGAGGGAACCCAAAUUGAGGCUAUAUUGAUUAAGCUUAUCUCCAAUACUGUUCCUGCCUAUUUUGGGGAUGAGAAAGUUCCAGAUUUCCGCCCACAUGCUACCAUAACUUCUGAGAUUCCUCCUAACUUGGACCCCCAAGAGGUCCUUGAUAGUAUUGAUAUCAAGGAGCUCCCUAACGUCAUCUUUACUUCCAUGGUGAUCGGAGAAACCUUCUUUACUCGCGGAACCCUUCAUAUAGAAAAGAAUGAUUCUAUUGUGGCACUCGCAACUCAUUGUCGAGAGAAAUUCGCAUUUGGUGGACAAUCGAAGGAAGAUGCGGAGAAGUGGGCGAGAGAGAAAUUUACACCCCAUGUUUCGCUUGUCUACUCCAAUCUUUGGCCAGUUCCGGAAGAUGUGUCGAAGGCUAUAGAAAACGAUGUUCUUAGCGCUGGCGUUGGACUUUCGGGGGUUUCUGGUUCCAAUUCAGAGCCCGAUAUGAAUGGCUGGAAGGGAGGAAAGCUUGUUUUAGUCCCGACUGGCAAGCCGCUUGAUGAGUGGAUUGUUUUAGCCGAGCGUAAUCUGUAG